UUGCCACCGGUGUCAUCUGGCAAACUGUUAAAAGAAAAUUUUGCUCAAAAGCAAAAUAGUAGCUUCUGUUUCUUAGGACUCUUUGUUAUGUUUCGAUGAGUAUUGGUGGGAAGUGGCCUCUUUAAGUGGGUGCCUUUUGUGGUCCUCUCACUGGAGCUAAUAGCCCCAGUCAGCUAAAACUUGGACGCAGUGUGCCUCUCUGCCAUAGCUCACUCACCUCUGCUGCUGAAAUGGUUUCCCAUCACUUUGCUAAUAGGUACAACCUGUGAAGGGUUCUGAGGUGGGGAAAUGGCAACUCAGGAAAUAACUCCAAACCUUUAGCUCUCCUAGCACAUUAAAAUAGCCGUUAUGAAGAGGAGGAAGUACUGUGUCAUCUAUUGUCCUCGGGACCUGUCAAUAGGAACGAUAGCUAGACAUCACCGGGGGUGUAUUUCUAUUCAACACAAGGAAAAGUUUCUAAUUGGAGCCCUCCAGCAUGAAAUGGACUAAGCCGUGUAUUUUCCUUCUCUGAUCCUGACUCCACUGUGACGGGUACUGCACAUUAGAGAGACUGUGUCAUAGUAUGAAUUUAGGUUAGGUCGAUACUUAGAGGGAAAGAGGGCAAAGGAAUAUCAGAAUCUCCAAGAAGCUGAUACAACUUGAAAAAAUAUAUAAAAUGCCACACUUCAGGUUUUCUUGUAUUUAAUUUGAAAUGUCAAGUAACAUUAAAGAAUAGCAUUUGAUUUGCUUAAACAAAGUAGUAAUAGCUGAAGUUCCUUCCAAAUCACUUUUUGGAUUCUCUAAGACGCUUGCCUAUGCCUCGCAGAUUAGCUCCAUCCACAAAACAUAUUCUUUAAGGAUCCAGGAUCAGCAAGGGGUCACAAUGUCCUAAGAGUUUCUGUCCCGGCGCUCUACCUGUCCUGCCCGUGCACCAUGCUUUUGCCUAUCCCUGUUUCUGCACAGAUUUUAGUCUUCCCACCAGGGGCGCAACUAUCAGUCUCCUCAGUCUCUCUCGGUUCCAUUCCAAUCUGCUCAUCUCCCCUCCCGUCCCCGCUUUCCCCAAGGACCUACUGAGAUUUCGAUCCCACGACUUAGUGGGUCCCAUCUCACCCAGACCCCGCAAUCCUCGCCUUCUACGAGUCAGCGUAGUACCACACUCUGAGCAGGCACCCCUGUGCUACUCACGGAAGCGGGACCAUUAGGUCGGCCAUUCCUCCUCACCCCACGACACGCACCCACAGGGUCGGGCCGCCUCCGAGUCUCAAGGGUGGGCUAGCGUCAGGGAGAGGCCCCGGGAGCGCUUUCCCAACAUUGGUCGCAGUCAUUGCUGGUAUAACGGCUAGAGAAGCCCAGUGAGUUAGGAUGGAGGGCGGUAGGACCGGAAAAAGACGUGGAAAAGCUGCGAAAACGAGCCUUUGAAGCCUGCACGCGCGGGCCCAGCUCCUCAUCCGAGUUCCUCAUCCGGGGCCCUCACUCACAUCCGGGGCCCUCACUCACAUCCGGGACCCUCCUCCUGGGCUUUUACCCACAUCCGGGACCCUCAUGCCGCGGCGGGGUGAGGGGGCCCUCAUUCUGGGCCCUGCACUCCGUCGCCGGAAGUGCUACCGAGAAGCGCCGGCCUCUGGGGUGUCUAGAGCGGCCCGGGAGAAGCUGUGGUGGCCCGGAGCGCGGGUGUGUAGGUGACAGGACAGCUGCCAGGCCCGCCCCUCCCCUCGUGAUGGUCAUUGUCCUCCAGAGCAGUGAUGGAGGAAAUACCAGCCCAGGAAGCAGCAGGGUCACCAAGGGUCCAGUUUCAGUCUUUGGAGACCCAGUCUGAGUGUCUGUCCCCAGAGCCUCAGUUUGUGCAGGACACCGACAUGGAACAGGGACUCGCUGGGGGAUUUCCAAUUUCCAAGCCUGGUGGGAUCUCCCAGCUGGAACAGGAUCUACAGGUCUUUGAUCUGGAAACUAAGACUAGAGAAGUCUUAAGAGGUGACUGCUCAGAUGGAGAGACCAGAGAAGAAAACAAGCUGUCGAUUCCUAAGCAGAAAAUUUCGGAAGAAGUACAUUCGUACAAAGUGAGAGUAGGAAGAUUCAAACACGAUAUUACCCAAGUUCCUGAGACUAGAGAAGUGUAUAAGUCUGAGGACAGAUUAGAAAGGCUUCAGGAAAUUCUAAGGAAAUUUCUGUACCUGGAGAGAGAGUUUAGGCAAAUAACAAUCAGCAAGGAAACCUUCACCAGUGAGAAGAACAAUGAAUGUAAUGAACCCGAGAAAAGCUUCAGUCUGGACUCUACUAUUGAUGCGGAUCAGAGAGUUCUUAGAAUACAGAAUACCGAUGACAGUGAUAAGUACGACAUGAGCUUCAGCCAGAAUUCAGCCUCUGGUAAACAUGAACACAUAAAUCUAACACAGGAUUUUCAGAGUAGUGAAUGUAAGGAAAGCUUAAUGGAUCUCUCCCACCUUAAUAAAUGGGAGAGCAUCCCUAACACUGAGAAAUCCUAUAAAUGUGAUGUAUGUGGGAAAAUUUUCCAUCAGAGUUCAGCCCUUACUAGACAUCAGAGAAUCCAUACUAGAGAGAAGCCCUACAAAUGUAAAGAAUGUGAGAAGUCUUUCAGUCAGAGUUCAAGUCUUAGUCGACAUAAAAGAAUACACACUAGAGAAAAACCUUACAAAUGUGAAGCAUCUGAUAAAUCCUGUGAAGCGUCUGAUAAAUCCUGUAGUCCAAGCUCAGGCAUUAUUCAGCACAAGAAAAUUCACACCAGAGCCAAAUCUUACAAAUGUAGCAGUUGUGAAAGAGUCUUCAGUCGUAGUGUCCACCUUACUCAACAUCAGAAAAUUCACAAAGAGAUUCCCUGUAAGUGUACUAUAUGUGGCAGUGACUUCUGCCAUACUUCAUACCUACUUGAACAUCAGAGGGUCCAUCAUGAAGAGAAAGCCUAUGAGUAUGAUGAAUAUGGGUUGACCUAUAUUAAACAACAAGGAAUUCAUUUCAGAGAAAAGCCCUAUACGUGUAAUGAAUGUGGAAAAGACUUCAGAUUGAAUUCACAUCUUAUUCAGCAUCAAAGAAUUCACACAGGAGAGAAAGCGCAUGAAUGUAAUGAAUGUGGAAAAGCUUUCAGUCAAACCUCAUGCCUUAUUCAGCAUCACAAAAUGCAUAGGAAAGAGAAAUCAUAUGAAUGUAAUGAGUAUGAGGGCAGUUACAGUCAUAGCUCAGAUCUUAUCCUGCAACAAGAAGUCCUCACCAGACAGAAAGCCUUUGAUUGUGAUGUAUGGGAAAAGAACUCCAGUCAGAGAGCACACCUGGUUCAACAUCAGAGCAUUCAUACCAAAGAGAACUCAUGAAUGUAAUGAAGAUGGGAAGACAUUUAGUCAAAUUCAGGCUUCAUUCAGCAUCUGAGCGCUCACACCAGGGAGAAAUCAUGUAUGUACUGCAUGUGGUAAAACCUUCAGUCAUAGCUCAACCAUUGCUCAGCAUCAGAUAAUUCACACCAGAGGGAAACCCUCUGAAUGUGACGAAUGAAGAAAAGGUAUUAGUGUUAAACUUCUAAUUGACUCCGGAAAUCGAUACCAGUGAGAAAUCUUAUAAAUGUAUUGAAUGUGGUAAAUUUUUCAUGCUGUUAAUAUUUUCAUAUCUUAGUCACAUUCGGAUAAUUCACACGGGAAUAAAAUUCCAUUGCUGCAGUGAAUGUGAAAAAGCCAUCAGUCAAAGAAACUACCUUGUUUAGUAUCAAAUUCAUGCCAUGCAAAAAGAUUAUAAAUGUAAUAAACAUGUAUGUGUGUGAGGAGAUUCAGUCAUAACCCAACACUCAUUCAACAUCAAAAAAUUUAUACCUAAGAUAACUUAUUUGGGUGUAGUAAAUGGCAAAUCUUUCAAUAGGAGUUUAGUCUUUGUCAUAUCAGAAUAUCCGUAGUAGACAAGAAUUUGAUGUAAUGCAAAUGGAAAAACUUGACACCACAUUUCAGGCUUUACCCAACAUCAAAAUAAUGGAGAGAAAAUUGUUGAUUAUUUGUUUAUGAAAUUGUUAAUAUGUAGUCCCAAUCUUUUUCAUUACACAAAAAUCUAGGGUUGACUUGGUAAAUGCAGUGCCAUUUUCUCAUGGAGUUCCUUUAUUUAAUAUGUAUUCUAAGUAGGUACAUUUAUUUUUACUUUUUUAUUAUAAUUUUGAUAUUAAAAAGAACAGAGAUGGGGUCUUGCUUUGUUGCCCAGGCUGGUCUCGAAUUCCUGGCCUCGAGCAAUCCUCCCACCUGUCCUCCCAAAGUGCUGGGGUUGCAGGCGUGAGUCACUGUGCCGGGCCUAUUUUAUUCAUAGAACUCAUUUAAGCUGUUUUUAUUUUAAUAUGCCCUAUAAACAUUUUUAUUUUUUUUUUGAAAUUGGUUCUUAGUGUUCACAACUUCCCUAAGAUACUGCUAAUGCACCAGUGUUAAAACACAUCGACAUAAGUAGCUCAUUUAGCUUUUUCUGCUGUUCUUGGCCUAAGUUCUCUCCAAAACCAACUCUUAGGCCUGCUCUUUACUAGGGAUCCUAUGUCAUAUUGCUUUACAGCCACAACACUUGGAUUCCUGUUGAUUAACUUCUCCAUUCUCUUAAGCACCUUUAGAAGAUUUAGAAGUUUCCUAAUUUUAAGCGUUUCACCAGCAAGUAUUCCAUACCUACUUGAUGUUGCUGGUCUGGUGUCUUAUUUCCUAAAGCGAAGCAUCUUUUUUAGAAAAAUAAUUGGAUUGAAAAUACAUCCAGUCCAAUGUAAGUAUGAAGGAUUCUCUCUCCUGAGAUUGUAGCAGGCAGCCAGACAUUUUCAAAUGAUGCCCAAGGUUUUAGCUGUCUUAUGUGCAUCCACAGUCUGCGAAGAAGAGAGAUGAUAAGGACAUCAGGGAGCCACCAAGACUCCUGGUAGCCUCACUACAUUCAUCCAGUGCCUAUUCUGCAUGCCUAAGCUUAGAGUUCUUUUAUAUACCUCUCAGGCCAGCAGAAUGCUCAGGUCUGCUUUUGGUAGGGUAAACAUAAAGAAGAUACACAGGCUGGGAGCGGUGGCUCACACCUGUAAUCCCAGCACUUUGGGAGGCUGAGGCAGGUGGAUCACGAGGUCUGGCGAUCCAGACCAUCCUGGCCAACUUGGUGAAACCCCAUCUGUACUAAAAAUACAAAAAUUAGCCGGGCGUGGUGGCUUGCGCCUGUAAUCCCAGCUACUCAGGAGGCUGAGGCAGGAGAACCGCCUGAACCUGGGAGGCGGAGGUUACAGUGAGCUGAGGUCACGCCACUGCACUCCAGCCUGGGCGACAGAGCGGGACUCUGUCUCAAAUAAAUAAAUAAAUAAAAUAAAUAAAAACACACACAAAUCAGCAUCAUAAGGGAAUGUAGCCUUCCAACAGAGAUGAUGCUGUUUUUAUGUUAAUCUCAGAGACAGUAUUUCAAGAGAGUGGCAGGUCUGUUCCUGGUAAAAUUUUAACCAUUAGGAUUGCAGAUAAAUAUUGAAUUCUGCUUCCCCCCUCAUCAAUCCAGGACAGUAUUUGAAGUGUGAGGGCUUUGUGUACAGUUGUUUAUCCAUUGCCACAUUUUUGUAUUUUAAUAGUCUACAGGCUAUAUAAAAGAACAUGGCUUUUUGAUUGAUAAAAGUGAUUACAGAUGUUGGCUCAAGUUCAGGGCCACCAUCAUACACCGAACAAGAGUUCAUGAUUCUUUAGGUAAUGUCAAAACAUUUUGUAUUUUUCUGUCUUAAGCUUUAUAACAUUUUGUGAGUGAGACAGAUGUUGUUUAAAAUUCUUGUUGUCAGUCCAGCAAUUGAGGCUUUCAUAGUUCAGUGUUAAUAAUAUUCAGUAGGGACCCUCAACAAAUAUGUAAAAAUAUAUUGCUCACUCUGUAAUCUUCCUAUGGCUAACCUCUAGGAUAGUUCUGCCACUAUAUUUUACUUCUUUGCCAUCAGCAAGAAUAGGAUCUCAUCAAGGCAAGGUAGGAAUCUAAAUGAAAUUGAUAUAUAAAUGAAUUGAUCUAAAUGUAAAAGCAAAUGAAAAAUGCAUGUGUUUUUUCCUAUCAAACAUGUAUACCCUUAUGUAUAGAGACCAGUAGUCACCUGUGGUGACUGAAACAGGAUUAUGUAAUCCCUAAAAAGCAGAAUAUGUAAAAAUCACAUGUAUGCAUUUGGUUUAGGAAUGUGCUUUUGUACUUCCACUUGAAUAAAGGUGUGUUUGGUAUUCUGAGAA